AUUCAUAAAUUCAAAACAAAUUUAAAAUUCAAAGUGCUAUUCGACGUAGGAUAGAGAAAGGGUUGCGCACUUGCGUUUUUAAGUUUCGGCGGGACUUGAAACUCAUACAGUCAUAACUCCAAUUCCAAAAAUCCCAGACCUAGAUUUUUACCCUAAUAUGGGGGAUUCAUAUGAAGAGCUUGAACCAUUGUUCGAUUAUCGCCGAGUUCAACCCGUUACUUUCGUCAACCUUGAAGAUGAUUCUGAUUCUGAUUCUGAGCCUUCCGUUUUGUCGAAGCGGAGAAAGAUUUCUACUAAUGGGAAAAACAAGGAAGACAACAGUAGUGAUAAAGGGAAAUCAGUUCAAGUAAUUGACUGCGAUGAUGAAGAUGAGGAAAAGGAGAAUUUGUUGCCGCCGCCUCCAAAGAAUGUAGCUGCUCCUCCAAAGGAUUUUGAAGAUCCCACUUACAAGAAAUUGAGAUUAAAAAAGCAGGAGUAUGAGUCAUUCCUCCAGUCAACUGGACAUGUUAUACAAGCUGCUGAUGAACCAUUUACCUCUUUAUCUCACUCUGUUGAAGAGGAAACUGCCGAGGAAGCACCAAAGCCUGCGGCUGAUCGAACGAAGAUAGUCAUAUCUAUGCAAGAUAAGGCUGGAUCUAAACAAUAUCGAAUAUUUGCGGAUGAGAAAUUUGAGCAGCUGUUCACAAAGUAUGCGCAGAAGGUGAAGACUGAUGUACAUAACCUAGUAUUUACUUUCGAUGGUGACAAAAUUAAUCCAGCAUCAACGCCUCAGACCCUUGGGAUGGAGGAUGAUGAUCUUAUUGAAGUGCAUGUGAAGUCGAGCUGACAAGAUGAUUUUUUUUUUUUUUUGAAUUCCUUUGUUCAUGUUUUGUGGUAAACUACAAAGUUUGGCAUCCGCUUGGUGCUUUAAUCAGUAGAGGAAUUUGCAAAGCAAGUAGUGGAAAAGAAAAACAAAAUCUUUUCUUUUUCCUUUCUAUUUUGGAAAUAUUUUUGCUCAAUUGUAUUCCUCUUGUCCUGCGCAAAUGAUCCGCUUGCAGAAAAAUCUGCUCCAUCUGUAUUUAUACUGAUUUUGUGCUUCUGAGUUUCACUGCACUCUUAUAUUUGCCAGGAAAUGUGGAUCAGCUAAAGUUAUUCUUCCCUAUCUGAUGCUUAGGUUUAACGAGCUUUUCUGGUCUGAUGGAUGAAGUGAGAACCUCAUAGUUCCGAACUGUACGGGACGAACAAAUUUUGUUCAUUAUUCUAAUAAAAACUUUUUCCCAUGUUCCUCAAAUUUUUAGGUACAUGGCUGCAUGCAAAGUGCUUUCCCAAAAAAAAAAAAAAAAAAAAAAAA